AUGUCUCACUCCAGCUUGAGGUAUCGGUCACCCCCAAUCAAGCAACAUCAUGUGUACCGAUUGCCUGAAAGGAAGAAUCAAGCUCACUCCUCCUCUCCAGAUCGAUACAUCCCUAAUCCACCUUAUAUCGCUGCAAACAAGAGUUACCAUUGGUCGGUAUCACAAGCACAAAUCAGCUACCAGCGUGUUCGAUCUGAUGAAGAUCAUCGAUCGGUCUCGCAUGUUCAACCCCCCCAUCGUCAACGUUUUUCUCAUCGUCAGGACUGUUUCAAUCAAUCAGUCUCACGUCCGAUCACUUAUUUUCAUCAAGAUCAGAUGUCAAUCCCAGCACCUUCUGAUCAAUCCAGCUCAACUGCAGUGGAACGUUAUCCUAUGGAUCAGUCAGCUACAACUUUAAAUUUACAUUGUUUGGAUUCACAUGUUCCUCACUGUUAUCACCCAUAUGCAAAUCAUCAACAUCAUCACAUCAAAAUUAGAAAACCUUUGGACCAACAGCGAUCCCCUUGUCUGCCGGCUUCCAAGUUAACCGUGCAAGGCAAUGAUCCGAUUCCUGCAAAUCAACUAAAAAUCGAUCGAUACAUGCCUCUUGCCCGAGCCGAUUGCUACAGACCUGUCUAUUCUAGCCAUGUGCAGCCAAGGGGUCAAUGGGGUCCCUUGGAUAUCACUUCCGAUCAAAUCCCAAGGGGUCAAUGGGGUCCCUUGGAAUCAGUAGCCAGAAGAUCCACCAAACAAGACAAUCUGCUCAGCGAACGCCAGAAACGCAAUUUGAAGAUUUUCCCCCGAAUAUACAACCCUUACUUUACUGAAGAGACCAACCCGCAUGUCAAACCAUUCAUCCUCCAGCUCAACCUCAAUGCCGAAAAACCAUUCAUCAUCCAGCCAGCCAACUUUUCUUCCCACCGUGUGGUUGCCACCAACAAUACUGGGUCACAAACCCUUUUCUUUCUGGAGUUCCAUCCUCUCAAUCCUACCGAUCCAUCUAAGAAAGCAGUUGUCAAAAACCUUGGCAAAAUAAUAUCAAAUCUGUACUUCAUGGGUAACAAUCGACAGGAUAUCCAUCCCCGCACCAUGGAAACUGGUAUUAUGAAAGGUGUUGGCUUUCGCCCUGGCUCUGAUCGGGGUUCCACUGCCGGUACAUAUGCACGUCAAAAAAAUCUUUCUCAAAAAAUUUUGGAGCUGGACAACUAUUGUUGGGAUCAGUUAGGUGAUCAUAAUCAAUUCUUAUGCAACCGAGUACGGCAUUUUUCCAAACAAUCUUUCAAGGACAAUGCCGAAAUAAUCGAGUCUUUUGGAAUCCCCAGCUGGUCCAACAGCGAAUGGAAUGACUUCGAACAGGAAACUAAUGGGAUUUUUUCGAGUGUGAUCACAACUCAUUCAGAUUUUUCAAAUGAACCCCACAUGGAUGAAGACUCAAAUCCGUGGACUUAUGGCUUGUUUAGCUACAUCAACCGAUCAACUGGAAAACCUGUCUUGCCUCCAUCUUCUGUCCCCGGUCAUGCCUUCCGAUUUCCAGACUUCAACUGUCAAAUUGACUUUGGGAUGUCCCCCGGUAUAAUUGAGCUGUUAUGGGCAAGUAACUCUUUGAAGCACCACACUCUACAUCCACCCCCUUCAUUGAAAUCAACUGCAGAAAUCACACAUUCCGGAACUUCCUUUCAGAUUUGCAAACGUUUAGUAGAUAGAGCUAUCAAAUUAAAAGAAAAAUCAGCUGAAGAAAGAGCAAAGAAAACAUUGUGCCGAGAAAAAAGACAGGUGAAAGAGGCCAAACAGGCUCAAAAAAAGAAAUAG